AACUAAACACAAAAUCUCUGCACAUAACCACCAGAUACCCUUCAUUGAGGAAAAAAAUCGCCCCGCCACCCCGCCACUUCCGACGUUUCCAUCCACCAACACUGUUGGCGCAUUACCAAAACCUCAACAUCUUGAGUACACAUUGAAUACCUGGAAAGGAUUCGACAACCCAAGAUACCAUAGCAUCGCGCAUAUCAAACCGAGCUACUGACCGUCACAAUGGUUCGCCGCGGCAAGAUAUCGAGAGCUGCCGGCUCGUCACUCGACCCGACGCCGAUUACGUCCACUCUUACGACACCUCUUAGCUCCGCCUACCCGUCGACGUAUGCCUCCGAAGUUGAAAUAGAUGCACUCGGAGACAGCAUCGGCUCUCUCACACUGAGCGAGAGAAGAGCAGCCAGGAGGAAAGCCAAGCCUUUUGCCUUCAUGGCUUUGCCAUCAGAACUUCGCCUCAAGAUUUACGACUACUAUUUUGAAGGCAGCGGUGGUGUCGUGGACCUCGAUCCGGAUAACUACAAGACCUAUCACAAAAAGCUCGGAAUCCAAAGAACUUGCCGCACUGUCUAUCAGGAAGUCUCUCAUUACUUUUACAGCAGCCGCUCGUUCCGCAUUUUCCCAACACACCCGGGCAAGUACUUCAAAAGCAAGAAACCGCUUUUGGCUCGUAUGAAGCCAAGCUCAAGAUCGUACAUUACGUCCUUGGAGCUUCGCCUCGGUCCCGGCUGGAGUAAGCCGCCGCGAGGAUGGGUGGUCACGCCAGCCCUGGGCCUCCACGAAUGCGUCAACGUUCGUCGCUUGACGGUCUUGGUUGAAUGUGAUCCCAGCGACGGCAUCUUCAAUGGUUUUCGCCGGUCGGAUGGCUUUUAUGAAGGUUUCAGCCAGUCCCUCCUGACAGAAGUUUUUAACCAGAUGCCCUGGAUCGACACGGUCUACUUCGACGCCUGGCCUGGUGUGAAGAAGUCGGGUGGAAUGAUGCGGGCGCUUCUGGAGGUGACAUCUGCGAACAACCGGAAGAUCAGAUGGGGCCCUGAGAGAGGAUGGACUGAUGGGCCCGAAGAAGACGAGAUCAAGCCAAGCAACUCCUUGGUUCUGGUGCCCCCGGCGCCGGAGUUCAACACGUCCACCAUGGGCGUACUGGUCAUGGCUUGAGUAACAGCUACUGAAAUUAAAUGGCGUGGACUGUCAACUUUCCUUUUACUUUGGGCAAGCUCCCGAAUGGAACUGAGCUCUUUUCUUUUGGGACAGGAUGGCAAUGACAUGAAG